AGUGUUGAGGUUCGUUGAACUGUGGACGUAGCACACAGCCACUUGAAGGCUCCUGACGCUAGUACCUCAGCAGACCGUGCUGCCCCUGUAGCAUUCAUUUUAACCAUUUUAUCAUGGAAGCGAACCAUUGCAAUAUCCAGGUGCUUCUUCAGGCUGCCGAGUUCCUGGAGAGGAGAGAGCGAGAGGCAGAACAUGGCUAUGCUUCUUUGCUGCCUCUCACUCCAGAGGACUCCGAUAAGAGAAGCAAGCAGAGGAGCAAAAAGAUAGCCGCUGGUGGCAAUAGGUCAGUUCACAAUGAGCUGGAGAAAAACAGGCGAGCUCAGCUGCGGCACUGCCUGGAGCAGCUCAAGCAGCAAGUUCCUCUGUCAUCCGACUCGAUGAGGAACACCACCCUCAACCUGCUCAGACGAGCACAGCUUCACAUAAAGAAGCUGCAGGAGCAAGAUGAGCGUGCAGAGCAGGUGAAGGGCCGCCUGCGCUGGGAGCAGAGAGAGCUGCGAGUUCGUCUGGAGCAGCUGCAACGAGGCACAGAGAGGAUGAGGAACGACAGCCUGGGCUCUGCCGUGUCCUCCGAGAGGUCUGACUCCGACAGAGAGGAUGUGGAGGUUGAUGUGGAAAGUAUCGUGUUUGAGUGUAUGGACUCUGAUGGACUGAGCGUUACACACACGGGUGUAGACCACUGUUACUCCAGCAUGGACAGAGCCUGGUUAUGACGGAGUUAAACAGAGCUCAUUAAUCUGACAUGGAGGAAAGGAGGAGGAGAAAACAUUCCAAAUAGAGGCAAAGGCAAGAAUGGUGAGGAAUAUUAUUACUGUACAGUUUAACUCUUAUCUUUGACGGAAGGGGAUAUGUUUUUGGACUUCUUUUCAAAGUAUGUAACGUAAGACUGACUUCCAGCUAAAUGGUAAUGUUGGGCCCCAAUGAGCUGUGUCCAUUUGCACUGAAUAGAAGUUAAAAUCACUGGGCUGGGAAUCUGGGAUGGAUAUGACAUUACACACAUCGAUCCAGUAGAGGCAUUUUACUCCAAAGCCAUGAGGUGGGUGCUUACUGCCACUUGCAAGCAUUCAAAUCCUUUCAUUUGUUUUUAUGUAUUUCAAGGGCUGUUUUAUUCUGGAUUCUUUUUAACUUAUUGUUUUAAUUCAGCAUUUUUUUUUUAAAUACUGAAAUCUGCCUUAAAAAGGUUUUGGUCUGUUACUAUAUACAGCUUUUCCUCAGCACUAAGCUCAUAUUACAAGAAUUAUGUAAAGUCAUAAUGUGUAGCAUGCACUUAUACAGUAACCUGUAUUAUAUUUUGUAUUAACGUUUCAAUGAUAAUUGUCAUGUAUGUUAUUCUUUUUCCCGCUCUUGCACAGAUCAUCCACACAUUGCACUUGUUUUGUCUCAAAAGGGUUGUGGGUAUGUCAGCCUGAACAGUGAAGAGUAAUAAACUGGUCAUAUUUGCACAUUUUAUAUCUGGCAGUUAAGAAAUACAUUUUGAUUUGGUGUGUUGGUACACAUGUAGUUUGUAGUUACGUGCUCAAGUAUUGAUUCUUAUACCCGUGUUGAAGACAUAAGUAGGAAGUACAGCGUCUCCUUGCACAGGACUCAUGAUAGCUAUGUUUUUAUUAAUUGCCAAUAUGGAUUUGAAUGUUUAUGUCCAUUGGAAAUGUUCAUUAUCACAAUUAUACACAUCAUUCCAGGUGCAUUGUUCAUUACAAUGUCAAGCAUGCAACAAAUUCACCAUUCAGGACAUGUCUACUUGUAAUCAUGUAAUUCUUUUCUGUAUUACAGGUAUUUCUAUCUUAUUUGUUAUUAAGUAUUUAAUACUUUGAAGUGCUUUUUUGCCUUCAAAAUUGCAUAUGCAAGAUGCCUUAUUACUUUGUAACAGUGUAUGUAUGCAUUCUGUCUCUUCCCAGUAAAAUUAUGUAGCAUU